GUGUUGACAGAAAGAGCUGAAGGGGAGGUAGGGGUGGAGGAAACAAAGCCGGGGGUUAUGGGGGUCUGAGACUGUGAGGAUAAGAAGACCAGGAGUCCUUCCCCACCCAGAGCCCCCCUCCAACUCCUGCAGCUAGAGGAGCUUUUCCUGGUCUCUGUGCUCCCCUGGGGCUAGAGAGGUUGACAAAUAGUUUGGGUAGGGAAAAGAGAACUGGAGGAAGUUGACAGGGAUGGGCGGGGCCCGUGGGGGGGCUGACCAGGAACCCAGCUUCCUGCUCAGAACCCAAGCAUCUGGCCCCCAGCUGGCCCCCACCCCUUCCAGCCCCCACACCCCCCCUGGAAUCCAGGGUUCCAGCCCUCUUCCCAAAUCCCAGCCACCCCUCCCCCAUCAGUUUCUCCCCUCCAGGGGAUGGAGGCCAAAAGAGCCCAGGAAGGAGAAGAGGAUGGUGAGCAGGGCCCUUCCCAGGAUGAACAGGGCUGGCCCCCUCUGAACACCACAACUCGGCCUUGGCGAUCUGCUCCUCCAUCCCCUCCUCCAGGGAACCGCCACACAGCCCUUGGGCCCCGCUCGGCCUCCCUGCUCUCCCUGCAGACAGAACGCCUUCUGGACCUAGUGGCUGAGGUCCAGUCCCGUCGCCUGGAGGAGCAGAGGGCCACUUUCUGUGUCCCCCAGAGUCCCAAAAAACGAGCCCCAGCCCCACCCCGGCCUGUUGAGGACAGAGAACAGCUCUACAGCACCAUCCUCAGUCACCAGUGCCAGCGGAUGGAAGCCCAGCGGUCAGAGCCUCCCCUCCCCCCAGGAGGACAGGAGCUCCUGGAGUUGCUGCUGAGGGUUCAGGGUGGGGGACGAAUGGAGGAGCAAAGGUCCAGACCUCCAACACACACUUGCUGAGUGAGACCUGAACUCCUAACUGGCCCCUCUGCGCUCCUGGGGCUCAAACCUGGGCAGCCCACUGCCUGCCCUCAACCCUGCUUGGCAGGGGCAGCAGAGACUGGAAGACACAGAAGAAAUCUCAAUAUUUAUCCCGCUUGACCAGCAGCCGUGGGAAAUGGAGGGGGUGAAAGUACUCAAACCCUGAGAAUAGAAAAAAGGCAAGGUAGGAUGGUCACUGAACUCCCUCCCCAAGUACGUGGGAGCUUGAGGCAGUGAGAGGAUCCCAGCCACCAACGAAUACCCCACUCCUCAGAUCUCAGGGGGUGGCUAGGAGUCUCCAGAAUGAGCUGUGGGGACACCCCUAGGAGUCAAGCCACUAGGCGGGGUCUGAGGACUCAGGCCUCUACCUUGCAAGAAAAGGCAAACCUGCUAAGGUUGUGACCGGAGAGACAGCCCACCCUCCUUCCCAAUUAGAAGAAAAGAAGGGUGGGCGGGCAAGAAGAGAGAUUAAGACUGCCGACG